CAUGAUUUUUCGUGUAUUUCUAAAUUCGAAUUCAAAUAAUUACGCUAUUAUUAGCUAGAUUGGGCUAUUUUUUCCACCUUUUUACUCUUUACCUUUUUUUUAAAGCGAUUUCUUUUAAAUUUUCCAAUUCCGGUUUUUACUCGAAUUCCGACGGUUCUUUUGUCCAUCCAGAGACAGGUUGUUUGGUAUUUCUUUUUCUACUCCACUUUUUUUGAGGCGUGAAUGUCUUCUUGCCUUCUUUUUUCUUCCUUUUACACUGAGUAUGCCCAUAGAGGGACACAAAAAAAAGACAUGUGCGGUAGGAAAAGAACCCAAACUAAACCCACACUCUGCUACCCGCUCGCGCUAAGCCAGCACCGAAGUCCGCUGGUUCAAAAGGCAGGGCCGCGAUAUCCACGACGAUAUAACGACGAAUCAUGUCAUGCGUCAAGCGAGUAUUUACUAGCGAGUUCUAACUUGACCGACUCGACGAGAGCGCACGUUAAGAGAUGAGUUCGGUAAAAAAUUAUGCUCGGCUGAGAUUCAUAUGCUUCUGCGGCAAAGGCAAAAACCACCAACCAUAGACAAGCAUUGAGUACUUGUACAGCAUGACGGAAAUCAGCAAGGAUCAGGAACAGGAUCGAGCCUGCACUAUAACAAAAUACGUGAAUUUCGACGGGGACGACGAAGAAAUAAAAACAGCAGCAGCGACGAGUAUAUGAGUACAUAUUUUUUAACAAAUCGAUGAAAUAACAAAGGGCAGCAGCAGCGACGGCUGUACCCGACAUAAGAGCAAUCGACGACGUGAUCCGUGACGCAAUACGGAGUGACGAGAAGAGACGGGAGUCGCACUAACGGAUGCUAGGCAAAUUCUCAACGUUGCAGUAACCAUGGCUGGGACAAUUUACAAAGAUUUAUCUAUGCAAAACAACUUUUGACUUAUAUUAAAAGCAUAAACCGAAUUAGAGGGUGGGUCGAGCUCUAAGUCGACCGACUCGACGAGAGCGCACGUUAAGAGAUGAGUUCGGUAUAAAAUUAUGCUGCGAGAGAUCUGAAGACAGAAGAUCCAGUGGCACAAACCACUACCGGAGGAGCUAAGCAAGGCCUUUGCGACUUGACGUAAAGAGAUGAACGCCGUCGGACAUUUUCGAUGUCCUCGCCACUACUGGUGGAUGCUAGUCAGGCAGCAUUUGCAGCGGUGGCCUAUGGGAGGGUGACCUAUGAGGACGACGGAGUUCUGGUGAGCUUCGUGUGCGCAAAAACGAAGUGUGUGCCCAUGGGGCGCCCAGGGCUGGACCUACAGGCAGCAGUUCUUGGAACCAGGCUCAUGAACACGAUCAAGGAGGAGCACAGUGUGGUCAUCUCGGACCUAGUGCUAUGGACGGACUCGAAGACGGUGCUGAGAUGGAUCGGCAGCAGGCACCGCCGUUAUAAGCAGUUUGUCUGCAACCGAGUGGCGGAGAUUCUGGAUAUGUCAAAGAUUUCGCAGUGGAGAUGGGUUCCUACAGCCGACAAUGCUGCGGAUGAUGCGACGCGGUCUCAGAGAGGAGUCGACCUUAGCCAGGAUUCAAGGUGGCUAAGAGGUCCUGCGUUUUUGAGGCAGACAGCAGCCAGCUGGCCGGAGCCUGAGCAAGGAACUAAACGGAUUCCAGAUGUCCCGGAUGAAGAAGAGAUGCCCAGUGAAUUUGCGUUAGUUGCGGCAAACGAUUUCGUACUCCCGUUUCAGAAAUUCUCGAGCUUCAAUCGCCUGGUGAGGACUACAGCCUGGGUCUUACGGUUUGCGCGCCGGUGCCGCAAACAGAAAAGCGAUCUCGAGGAAUACGGCCAUACUGCAGCAGAAUGUGAGGCCGCGGAGAACCUGUUGGUCAGACAGGCACAACUGGAGUGUUUCCCCGACGAGAUAAGGUCUUCAGAAGCUGGAAAGGACGUCGCUAGCUCGAGCGACAUUUUAGGGUUGGUGCCCUACUUGGACGAGCACGGGAUUCUGCGAGCCUACAGCAGAAUCGAUGCCGCACUGUGCAUGCCGUACAGUGCGAGGAGGCCCAUCAUACUGUCACACAGGCACAGUCUGACGGAGCUGAUUGUGCGACACUUCCACGCCAGGAUGAUGCACCAAAACGUCGAUGUUACAAUUGCGGAGAUCCGGACGAGAUUCUGGGUCACGAAGAUGAGGCGUGUGAUGAGGAGUGUCAUCGCAUCGUGCAACGAGUGCAAGUUGCAGCGAGCUUGGCCGAUGCCGCCAAUAAUGGGACCCCAAUCAGAGGAGAGAUUGGAUGCGGGUGGAUGGUCAGGGAAGCCAGACGCUUUGGUGACGUGUUUAGAGAUCGAGAUUCAGGGUAAGUUCUCGAGCAGAGAACGCGUCUGAGGGCGGAGUAUGGGAGCGCAUGGUGCAGUGCGUUAAACGAGUACUGCGUCAUACCCUGAAGGAAGUUGCGCCGAGAGACCACGUACUGGAGAGUUUCCUGAUUAAGGCGGAAAAUAUUGUCAACUCGUGUCCGCUUACCCACUUGCCUGUGGAUGCGGACGGGGAGGCGACGUUGACACCUAAUGACCUACUCAAGGGAGUGGCCAAUCUGCCGGAUACGCCUGGAUUGGAUUCGUCGGACAUUUUCGAUGUCCUGGAAGAAGUGUUCUACGAAAAAGCCUGCUACGAGACCGUUUUUGGAGGAGGUGGGUCCUGAAAUAUCUACCUACGCUGGUGCGCCGCGAGAAGUGGUGCCGAAGAAUCGAAGAUCGUCUGCGAUCCUGCCUUGGCCCGACGAGAGUGGUGGAGGAGGUCUACAGCGGAGCUGAUGGAGUCAUCAGACGCGCUAAGGUGCGCGUGAACGACAACGGCCAAUCGAAGACAAUGAUGCGACCCGUCUCUAAGCUUGCAGUUUUGGAUUAGAGUAAAGCGGUUCUUCACGGGGUCCGGGAUGUCCCGGAUCGAACAUUGUAAUCGAUAGUUUGAUUUUUAUUUAUCUUUGCAUUGUGAAUUAGUCCGAAUAUGUUAGGAUUAUUAGCCAAAAUGUGUGCGGGCACACUGAUUGUCGCCAUCGCAAGUUUUCAAUAAGCCGGGGAAACUUAUCAUUUUUCAUUAUCGCGCGAAAGUUUGGAGGACACACUGCGAAUAAAACGAGCCUACUGCCUCGGAUUAAUUCUGCCCUUUCUUUCGGGAUCCACGGUGGAGUAGCCGUUUAAAGGCAACUUCGUUCGCGCGACGAUAAUAUAUUUAAACAUAGUUCAACAUCGUUUAAUCGAUAUUGUCAAUCAUCGAUAAACGAACAGAUACAGAACUAGAUCAUAGGAACAACUUGCAUGUUUUAACAUAGGAAUGAUAUGUAAAGCGAAUUAAAAACAGUCAUGAAUAAACAACCGUGCAAGACACUACAAUAUAUAUUUAUA